CUGAUACAUAUAAUUUAAGCACCGAUGACUUAAAUGAUUUGCUAGAGGGGUUAACCCGCUUGAUCUUGUCCGUGACUCUAGCUCCAAAACCGGAAAAUCAAACAAUGUCAACUCGCGUACCUAACGAAGAGCUUUCGAUACUUGAAGCCUUAAUUAACAUAAGAAAUCGUCUACAGGCCUUAAAAAAGGAUCAGCAGAAUUCUGUAAAGGUGCAGGCGGUCACGAAGAUUUAUGACGAGGUCACGGAACAAGUUACAAGAUUAAAUGACAUUCGCGAAAGAGCUACAGAGCCUCCAGUGAAUGAUAAUCGCGUCAACGAUGUACUUGACGAUGUUUUCCAACUACUUUCUUUAUUUUUUAUCACGAUUGGAAAAAGCAGGGAAAGUCCAGCAGCUCACGUACAACUUGCCACGAUCAAGGUGGAAACGGUACUGAAUCAACUAUUUGAAUCUGUGUCAAAUAUGGGUGAAGAACUUGUACCCAUUCAUCAAUCCCUUGUAGAUAUCAAGAGAAAUCUUGGUGCUAUAGGAGCCAAAGGCAAAUUUGAGAUUUCUGAUAUCAUACCAUGUCAAAAUAAGCUAAGAGACAUUGAUUCUAAACGUGUGGAUGGCAAGUUUUUGUCAUCUGAUGGAAGUAUACCUUCAG